CACUCGCACUCGCACUCGCCGCACACCACAGCCGCUCGCACGGCCGGCUGCAUCUCCCACACCCCGCGCAGCAGCCACACCCUCAUGGCCUCGCCGCUCUCUGCCACGCCCGGCGGCGUGCCGGGCGGCUGGGCGCCCUCGGCUGCCGCGGCCGCGACGACCUCACCCCCACGCCGCCCGCCGUCGUCGCUGGCCGAGCAGCUCUCGCCCGGCGAGUCGCUCGAGCAGCGCCGCAGCAUGCAGCAGCAGCCGCGCAGCCGCGCCGGCACGCCCAGCCUCGUCUUCGGGCCCAUCGGCGCACACCGCGCCGCCGCCGCCCGGCAGCGCUCCAGCUCGCCAGCCAGCGGCGCGCCCGGCAGCGGCAGCGGCGACAGCGAGCUCGCAGCAGGCAGCAGCGGCGGCGGCGGCGCACGGCACUCGUCCGGCCUGCACUCGAGCUCGCCGAGCUAUGCCAGCGCUCGAUCGCACCUCGGCGACGCACCGCAGGCCGCCGGCACGCCGCGCCUCGUCGUCGACACGACAUCGCCCGUGCCGGCGCACGCGACGCCGCGCACCGGCGACGAGGCGCGCGCCAUGUUUGCCGAGCCCGAGGCCGACGAGGAGGGCCUCGACACGCGCUCCGCCAGCAUGGUCGGGCAGCUCGUCGACGAUGAAGAGGAGGCCGAACAGCAGCAGCCCGUGCGUCGUCCAGCGUCUGGUGCGUCGAUGCGCGGGCAAGAAGGCAGCAGCCCGCGGGUGGACGGCAACGGGGCGGCAUACCCGUUCCCAGGCGGUGCGUCGUAUGCGCCGCCGCUGCGCUCGCCGUCGCUCGGCACGGCGCAGAGUCCGUUCCUCUCGCUGCCGGGCGGCGCAGCGGGCCUCGCGGGCGGCCUGCUCUCGCCGACAGCAGCCACCUUCGGCCUCGGCGGCAGCGGCGCGAGCUCGACGGGCGCGACAGCUGCGACGGCCGGCUCAAGCACGCCGACAUUCUCGCCCUUUGGCAGCCCGCCGCGCGAGCGGCCGCUCACGCCAGGCAGCAUGCAUUCGGGCGUCGGCGGGCACCACAAUGGAGGGGGCAUCCCGCGCUCUGCCUCGGGCCUCAGCAGUGCGGCGCGCAACUCCAACACGCAGCGUGCUCCCAGCGUCGACGGUGCGUCGGGCUUUGGCUCGGAGCGCGGCGCACAUGCGCCCUCGUCUGCCGCCGACGCCUCGCUGCGCGCCUCGCCGCUCUUCAACGACGUGCUGGAGCGGCUACUGCGGCUCGAGGUCGGGCUCAAGGACGUCAACCGGCACAUCGGCGGGCUGAGCCGCAACGUCAGCCUGCUGCUCGACCGCACCAAGCAUCUCGGCGGCGCCCAGCGCGGCGGCCUGCCGGCAGACGUGCACAAUGCGGCGCACGGCUCGGCGCAGGUGCAAGAAGAGGUGCGCGCGCUCAGUGCCCAGCUCAACACGCUCGCCGGCAGCGUGGCGCAGCUCUUCACGUCGCAAGGCGGCGCGCCGCCGCCGAUGCCGCAGCAGCGCACGCCGUCUGGCAUGAACGGCACGCCGCACGUCGGCGCCAUGCAGCAGCAGCUGGCGGGCCUCGGCCUCGGUGCACCGCCCAGCGGCACGCCGCAGCUCGGCGGCAACAUCCUCACGCCGCAGCUCGGCACGUUUCCGGGCACGCCCAACCUCGGCGGCCGCACAGGCGCGCUGAACCCCUACGAGCGCUCGGCAAGUCCGCGCACAGGCUCUGGCGGCUUUGCGCACCCGCCGCUGGACCGUGGCCUCAGCCCGCGGCCAGGUGCCAGCCCUGCGCCGAGCCAGAACCGCCUCAGCUGGGGCGCCGGCGCACCGCAACAGGCGCAGCAGAGCCUCACCGGCGUGGCCAAGGAGCACCUGGCGCCCGACGCGCGCCGCUGGGCCGCCAUGAACGCCGCUGCUGCCGGAGGCAACUUCUCGCCGGCACUGGGCGGGCCCAACCGCCGCGAGAGCUCGGGCACGCCGCACAUGCGCACCGGCACGCCAGAAGUCGACUCGACGGGCCGCUUCGCCGGCGCCGGACCGGCGAUGAGCGGCGGCGCGAUGGGCCCGCCGGACCCGAGCGUCGUCGUGACGAAAUGGGAGCACCUGAACCUGCACGGCGACCUGCUGCGGUCGAUCCUCAAGUACGGCCUCGGCCCGCCGAACAAGAUCCAGCAGCGCGCGCUGCCGUUCCUGCUGCGCGGCAGCGAUAUCAUCGCGCAGGCGCCGCCGACGCAGGAGCGCAUCGCCAGCUAUGUCAUUCCGGCGCUGCAGCAGAUCCUCAACGUGCUGCGCGGCGAGCCCGUGCCGCCGGGCGGCGCGAUGCGCGGGCCCAUUGUGCUCAUCAUCAGCACGACGGUGGACCAGGCGACGCAGGCGCAGCGCAUGUCGCUCGGCCUCGGCGCGGCGCUGGGCGUGCGCGUGCACAUCGCUGCGGCUGGAAGUAUCGACGUGGGCCAGGAGGCGGCCAACCUCGUGCAGUCGCAGCCGCACCUCGUCGUCGGCACGCCGCAGAAGAUGAACGACCUCUUCACGUACCUCGCCAAUCGCGGUGCGAUUUCGCUGUCCGACGUGCGCCUCGUCAUUCUCGACGAGGCGGACCAGCUGAUUGCGCGCAACCUGGCCGACUACGUCUCGACGCUGCUGCGUCUCCUGCCGCAGCCUCGCGGCAAUGCCUCGCGCGAGCCGCUCCUCUCGCCGGGCCUGCCGCAGAGCUCGGGCCCCGGGCGGCCCUUCAGUCCGUUCGACGGCGACAAGCCCGCGACGCUGGACCGCCAGACGGCCAUCUUCAGCAACACGGUGCCGCAGGACGUGCUCAACUUUGCCCAGUCGAUCCACCUGCGCGAGAGCGUGCGCGUGCUGGUGCGGCGCGAGGGCGGCGGCGGCGCACUGCAGGCCACGACGACGUACGGCGCGGCCGGCGCAAGCGGCUUCUCUUCGUCACCAAGCAUUGGCUCCGGCACGAUGGGCCUCGGCAACAGCCACGGCAGCCAGACGCCGCAGCUCGGGCAGCUGCAGCAUCACGCGCAGCAGCAGCAGCACACGCCGCAGCUCGGCUCGUACGGCAGUGCUCCGCCCGGCACGCCGUCCAACGCACUGGGCGCUGCGCCGGGCAACAGCAACACCAACCCGCUGGCCGACCCGAUGCUGGCGCCUCUGCGCGGCCUGAGGCAGUACUACCUGUAUGUGGCCGUCUCGACGGGCCCGGCCGCCGGCCCGCCGAUGGGCUACGGCGGGCCCAGCGCGCAUGCCAACGAGAUGAAGCUCGAUGUCAUCACGGACCUGCUCGAGGACAUCGACUUCAACCAGGCCGUCGUGUACGUGGCGUCGGCUGCGGCGCUCGAGGCCGUCACGUACAAGCUGGCGAGCAAGGGCGUCGAGGCGAUAAGUCUCUCCAAGGAGAUGGCCUCGACGACGCGGCAGCAGGUGCUCUCCGCCUUCCGCAGCGCGUACGGCGGCGUCUCGGCGUACCAGCAGGCGAGCCACGCCGUCGUCGGCGGGCCCGGCGGCGCCAGUGCCGGGCGCAGCGGCGGGCGCAAGGCGCUCGUGGUGCACGACCUGGCGCUGCAGGCGCGCGACGUGCACCAGGUGCCGCUCGUCGUCUUCUACGACCUGCCGCGCUCGGUGGAGGAGUACAAGGAGAAGAUUGCCUGUGCGGCCGCCACCUCGGGCGCCGGACGUCCCAGCGUCUGCAUCAACGUCGUCACGGGCUCCGGCGGCCCGCGCGGCGACAUUGAGAUGCUGCGCUCGCUCGAGCUGCACCUGGGAUGCAAGAUGGCCGAACUGCCAAUGCACCUAGGCCAGAUUCUCAACUUCUAAUCGUCAUGGCCGCGUCCCUCUCUCUCACAAGCAUCCUUCUCUCUCUCUCACACGUCUCGCUUCUCGACUCUCCCACGCCGCAGCAUCCAAGCCCACCUCGUAGCAUAUCAUGUCCCGGCUUCCUGUCCGAGUUUCUAUGCCGGUCGCUCUCACUCUCAACGCAAGCGCGAGUCUCUUGCCCCUUCCACCCCGCAAUCCAUUCUGUCUCACCCG